AUCUUGACAUUUAAUUCAUUUGUUGCCUUUGGUCGAACGCGUUUUUAUUUCAAUUGAAUUUCUUUGAAAAAAUAAAUUAAAUCCCACCUAUACUGCACAUAUUGUGCCUGAAUUUAUAAAACAACAACACAAUGAAGCGUUUAAGCGACGAAAGAGCAAAAAUUCUAUUUGAAAAGCUAUCAAAAUACAUUGGCACCAAUGUCAAACAGUUGAUUGAUCGUCCCGAUGGCACUUAUUGUUUCCGUGAACACUUGGAUCGUGUCUACUAUGUUUCGGAGAAAAUAUUGAAACUUUCGGAAUGUUUUGGUCACAAAAAACUCAUCUCUGUCGGAACAUGCUUUGGCAAAUUCUCCAAAACGAACAAACUGAAAUUCCACAUUACGGCCUUGUAUUAUUUGGCACCCUAUGCCCAAUAUAAAGUGUGGGUAAAACAAUCGUUUGAACAACAAUUUCUCUAUGGCAAUCACAUACCAAAGUCGGGAUUGGGACGUAUAACCGAAAAUGCCGGUCAAUAUCAAGGUGUUAUAGUUUAUAAUAUGAAUGAUUUGCCAUUGGGUUUUGGAGUGCUGGCCAGAUCGACAAUGGAUUGCAAAACGGCUGAUCCCUUGACAACGGUGUGUUUCCAUCAGUCGGAUAUUGGUGAAUAUAUUCGCUCAGAAGAUACUUUGUUUUAGAAGAAAUAUUACUACCUAUUUAGUUUUGUAUUUUUUAUGUAAAAGAAAAAAUAAAGUAAGUUAAGAUAAAAUAAA